AUGAGCGUGAAUUCCAAAGUGGCAUUGUUCCCCUGGGAUCCAGAGUCUGAUAUUCAUCGGAAAACACUGGUGGAACAACGAGUCGAGUGCUCCUGGCACCAGGAAAAAGUUGAAACAGAAUGGAGAGACCGGCAGGUCAGAGGUGACAAGUGUAUUUAUUGGAUUGUCCGAAUACCAUCGGAUGAGUCACACCUGACCUCUGAUAUCGGCAAGCAACCACUGGAGCAUGCAAUUCUUCAAGAUACAGCCACAUCAAUUAAUGCUGUGCCACGCCAACCGACGGGAAAGGCCUUCAUCCCAAUUGGGCACAUUUCCUUGGACUCUAAAAAUCCGGAUGCAGAGCAUAUUGAUCUGGACCUGCCAUCAGACAAUGUCUUCUGGAUCAAGACAUUCUACGUCAGGCACACCAUCCAAGGCAAAGGAAUUGGACGAGCUGCAAUGGAUGAGGUCGAGGCUAUGGCUGCUCGAGAGCCACUGCUAGCCAAGACCUUGAUGUUAGAUACAGUCCAUAAGGAUGACCAGAUGAACGAGGAAUUUGCGAGGGCAACAGGUGGUGGUGUUCCGAAGAUGACGAACCAAGAAUGGUAUGCCCGUCGGGAUUAUCGACUGAUCAAAACUGUGCCGAACUAUUACCCGAUCUUGGAUAAGAAUGGGGAGGUCGUCUGGGAUAUAAAGGCGGUUUUCAUGAGGAAGGAUAUUGCUGCGUCCAGCCCAGGCGCAGGCUCAAUGGGGAACGGGCGUCUCUUCGUUCCACUAGAGCCACCUUCGGCUCUUCCUGGCUAUCUUGGCUCAACAAGUUACUCUGCGAUUCUGACGGAGCAUCGCAAUGAGAUCCCGUUUGAGCCGGAAGAAACUCAAGAGAGCACAGAUUCCUCUGCGGGGUUGGUAGUGGAGCCCGAUCGACUCCAAUCUGGGGUUGAUGUCCUGCGAUUUUUAUACAAUCUUACCGUGCGCGACAUGCUAAUUGCACGGUUCUAUGUUCGGACAUGGAACAUUGUCGUGCCUAAAAUGGUUAUGGACGAGAUUCUACGAUCGGUUCGCCACAUCUUCACCGGGUUCUCCGAUGACCCAACAGCACAGCUAGAAGAGUUGGCGAACCAAAUUUUCCAAAAUACUUCCCGCCCAAUGCAGACGCAUAAAUCUAUGUCGAUUGAGGAGUAUUGUACUUCUUUCACCGGUCGCAACCUUCGCUGGGAGGCCCUCGGGUCUAUCUUUACUCUCUGUGGGAUGCAAUUGAUCAUUACACCUGAUAGGGACCCCGACGUUACUCAGGCAUUGAAUGACCCCGGAGCGAAGGAUCGCUUACUGGAACAAUUAACUGUGAUUAGUGCCGUAUGUCUUGGUUUCUGCGAUCAGACAUCGUCGGCCAACGAACUACUGGCUAUCUUGCAAUUCAGUGAUACAAUGCUACGAACACAGCAAUAUGGCGAUUCCAGUUACCAGGCAUGGCGCCGAUUGGGUGAUCUGGUAUCCACCAUUUAUGCAGCUGGUCUGCACUUGGAGAACAAUGGUGCUGAAAAUUGCCCGUUCUUCCUGCGCCAGUGGCGGAGGCGUUGCUUUACCGGUGCCUUUUACAUGGACAAAAUGAUAGCGACCUUCGUUGGGCGACCCCCACUCAUGAAUGGCCGAUUCUGCACACUCGAUGCUCCAUUAGAUCUGAGCGACGAAGUUUUAGUUGCGGGCGGCGAUGUCCUUAGCAAGGCUAUCUCGGAGCUCGACAGCGCAGGGUGGAAUAGGGAAGGGAUCUUGCACCCAGUAAGCCCAAUCCGCCUGCGCUAUCAACUGUCCGUCAUUCGGGAGGAAACUCUCGAGGUGGUACUGGGCACCCGGGAACAACACAAUUUAGUGCAAAAAUCUGAAGAAAUUCAAGCGAAAUCUCGCGCCAUUUGGGAAUCGGCGCCAGAUCGUCUUCGAUACGACCGCCAAGCGAACGAUGAAUUCCACGACGGGAGCCUUAGUAUCGCCUAUUAUUAUUUGGAUUAUCUCUACACUUGCUUUUUGCUGCAUCGAGCAGUCAUCAAGCAUACAGACACCGGGCAAGCAGAACUUUGUGACGUAUCUCGUCGGCUGUUGGCCAUUGUCAUUCAUAUGAAUACUUUCCGGGCUCCAAUGAUCGAUCUAGGUCGGCACUUCUCGUGGAUCGUCCUCACGUACGGCGUUCCUUCCGCCAGCGUUCUUCUCCUUGAGCUUCUGCGCCAGUCGCACGAGCCGGGUCCACACGCGGUUCCUCUUCCGCGCGCCGAGCUGGUGCGCAACUUGAGCGUGUUCAUCUCGUUCCUGUCAUGGGUCGCAGCCCCCGGUCACGGCAACUACCAUACCUGCAAACAAGCCGAGAAAAAGCUAUCGCACAUUCUUGACCAGAUACUUGACCCUCAGCCUGUGCAGCAGCACGUUGUGGAUGAUGUUACGACUGGUCUUGACAACUUCCUCAACUGGUCGAACUAUAAUACGAUCUGGGACUUUAAUACCGAUUCUUUGCCGCUCGCCGAGGGCUUCGCACCUUGA